GAGAGAGAGAGAGAGAGUUCAGUUCUGCAAAGGCCUCUAACAGAUAGGUGUUUGAGGAUUUGUUGGAGACGUUAUUAAGAUAUGGGGGUUAUAAAGAAACAUGCGUUGUGGUCCAUCUUCUUUUUUUCGGCUUAUGCCAUUUCUGACUCGCAGGGCAUAUACCAUGGGAAACAAGGAAAUUCAAUUCCACCUGCAACUGGUCUUGGAGUCAAAGAACAUUUUCAGAUCGUCUCCCAGCACAACAGACUCCGGAGUAGAGUCCACCCGCCGUCUGCGAACAUGCAGAAAAUGGACUGGAGUGAGAAGCUGGCUGUGCUGGCCCAGCAGAGAGCAUCCUCCUGUCCCCUAAACCCCACCCUAGAAGAGGGACACUCUGACCACAUGGGCUGGAACAUCUAUGACUUCACCCCUGGGGCUGCCUCCUUUGCUGAGGUGAUCGAUCUGUGGUUCCGCGAAGGGCAGGACUACAACUACAACAGCGGCCAGUGCAGGCAGAACAGCACCUGCCAACACUACACACAGCUGGUGUGGGCCACCUCCAGUCGGCUGGGUUGUGCGCGGCACUUGUGCGAGAAGGGCGAUGCCAGCAGGGAGGUGUUUGCAUGUGCGUACUCACCAGGGGGAAACUGGGAGGUGAACGGCAGGCUGGUCCUGCCCUAUAAGAAAGGCCCCUACUGCUCUCUCUGCACCUCGGGAAUGUCUGGCUGCUUCAAACUGUGGGACCACGUCGGGGGGCUCUGCGAGAUCCCUCGGAACCCGUGCAGGAUGAGCUGUGGGCUCCAUGGCCGGCUGAACAUCUCCUCCUGUCACUGCGAGUGUGCUCCUGGAUUCACUGGCCGCUUCUGCCAGGUGAGGUGCAGCGUGCAGUGUGUGCACGGACGGUACAGGGAGGACGAGUGUUCAUGCGUGUGUGACGUGGGAUAUGGGGGGGCGGAGUGUGCAGAGAAGCUGGAGUUCCCAUUUCACAGCUGCGAUGUCCGGAUCGACGGGGAGUGCUUCAUGGUGUCUCCGGGGGCUGAGAACUACUACGGGGCAAAGAUGAAGUGCCAGGAGAAAGGAGGGGUUUUAGCACAGAUAAACAAUCAGAAGGUUCAGGACAUCCUGGCUUUUUAUCUCGGCCAAUUAGAAACCACAAAUGAGGUCACAGACCCCGACUUUGAAACAAAGAACUUCUGGAUUGGUCUGACAUAUAAAAUGUCAAAGGAUUCGUUCCGCUGGGACACUGGAGACAGCCCCGCCUUCACCAGCUUCGCCUUCGGACAGCCGGACAACCAGGGGUUUGGGAACUGUGUGGAACUGCAGGCGGCCAGUGCUUUUAACUGGAACGACCAGCGCUGUAAAACACGCAACAGAUACAUCUGCCAAUUUGCACUGGAGCACAUAGCCCUGUGGGAGAUUGCGUGAUGAGACAUGCACGAGUUCAGAUGAAGCUUGGAGACCCGAGGGGGCAGGUUUCACAAUGCAGCUGAAUGAACUACACACUGAUGAUGUUAACCACUUCUAGGAAAGACACACCACUGUGGAAUGUUCCAGAACUCUGCAGCUUUAAAAUCAGCCGCAAUGAUAUACCCGUACUUCAGUUCCUGUAACUCUGGCUGAGAUGAGUGACACUGCCAUUAUCUCUGACCUAUCUACUGUAGAAAAACGUAGUGUGCUAGAAGUGCUACUUGAAUCACUAUAGUUGCCUGGGGUAAACCAUGGUUUGGUAAAAUACGUAUAUGGUGGCAAUGUGCUACAGUAACAGUUUCUUUUCAGUUCAUCUGAAAACUGUUUGACACUGAGGGUUACUUUUCCCCUUUUUUACAGGUAAAGAUGCAAAAUGUCAAAUGCCUGCUGUUUAACAUAAGGCAUGUCAAAAUAUAUAUUAUUUCACAACAAUUCAAUUUUAAUAGAAACUACAGUAAAUACAGAGAAUGGAACAUGUGUUAUAUACUUGUGUACUAUAAUGUACUUGUAGCAUCACUUCAAUCGAGGUGCUGAUGUCUGUUUUGUAUAUAGCCUGUAUUAGGGAAGCUGUUAGCUGAGUUCAGGGCUUCCUUUUCUAGUAGAGUCACCAGUGGUCAGAGCCAGAACCAUCUUGUGCAUGACUACUGUGUAUUGCCAGCCAUGUAUUAAAAGAAAGUUGAUUCGCAGUAGCUGUGCACUAGAUGGCACUGUCUGACUGCAGACCCAUUGAUGCAUGCAGGAAAGGAAUAAACUCUUGGCUCUGUGGGCAGCCUAAUGUUAAAUAUUGUAUUUGAGCAAUAGCUUCUGAAUAAUUGCGAGCAAAGCUCUUAACUCUCAUGUAACAUUUCUACUAACGCUGUUAACACCAAUGCACUGAUUUGUACCGCGAGUUUGAACUUUUCUAGACUUUUUUUUAAAGUUAAUUAAAUAAACAAUGACACGG